AGGUGCGGCAAAGGAAAAACAGAAACGGGACACCGUCGCUAGCAACCGUUUGUGUUGGUUGACGCUUAUUUUUUAUAGUCCCCGUCCUUUUAUUUUUUUUAACAAAACGAAACAAUUGAUGUUGGCAUUUUUAAAAUUGCGAUCCUUAAGUAUUGUAUUAGGCUGUCAAAAGUGUCGGCGAGUGGCUAAACGGUAUCAGGGUCGCGGCAACAUCUUUUACCCUCAGCCGGAAAAUAGACGAAGCUAACAUUAGCAAGCUAAUGCUAGGAUAGCUAGCGGGCUAGCUUUCACAAGUGUGUCAACGCGAAGACCUAGAUUUGACUGGAGCGAUUUUUUCGUAACACCGACGCUUGCAAUGGCUGAUGUUGACAAGCUCAACAUAGAUAGUAUCAUCCAGCGGCUUUUAGAAGUCAGAGGAGCAAAACCUGGCAAGAAUGUUCAGCUGCAGGAGAACGAGAUUCGUGGAUUAUGCCUCAAGUCCAGGGAGAUCUUCCUCAGUCAACCCAUUCUCCUGGAGCUGGAGGCCCCCCUCAAGAUUUGUGGUGACAUCCAUGGGCAAUACUAUGACCUGCUAAGGCUGUUUGAGUAUGGGGGCUUCCCUCCUGAGAGCAACUACCUGUUUCUGGGGGACUACGUGGACAGGGGGAAGCAGUCACUGGAGACCAUCUGUCUUCUACUGGCCUACAAAAUCAAAUACCCAGAAAACUUCUUCCUGCUGAGGGGAAACCAUGAGUGUGCUUCAAUCAACAGAAUAUAUGGUUUUUAUGAUGAGUGUAAAAGAAGGUACAACAUCAAACUCUGGAAGACCUUCACAGAUUGUUUUAACUGCCUCCCGAUUGCCGCCAUUGUUGAUGAGAAGAUCUUUUGCUGCCAUGGCGGACUGUCCCCUGACCUUCAGUCCAUGGAGCAGAUCAGACGCAUCAUGCGUCCCACUGACGUGCCUGACCAGGGCCUGCUGUGCGAUUUACUUUGGUCUGAUCCAGACAAGGAUGUGUUGGGCUGGGGGGAGAACGACAGGGGUGUGUCAUUUACCUUUGGCUCAGAGGUGGUAGCCAAGUUCCUGCACAAGCAUGACCUGGACCUGAUCUGUCGUGCCCAUCAGGUUGUCGAGGAUGGCUAUGAAUUUUUCGCAAAGAGGCAGCUCGUCACUUUGUUUUCAGCGCCUAACUAUUGUGGGGAGUUUGACAACGCUGGUGCCAUGAUGAGCGUGGAUGAGACUCUCAUGUGCUCUUUUCAGAUUUUGAAACCAGCUGAGAAGAAGAAGCCCAACGGCAGCCGUCCUGUGACUCCCCCCCGCAGCAUGGUCACCAAGCAAGCCAAGAAAUGAAGGGGUGGCCAGACUCUGACUUCUUUGUUCUGCUCUGUUCUUCUGCAUUUGAGGGAUUGAUUAUCCUUCAUGCUGCCAAUACUGAAAAGAUGUUCACUCCUUCUCGAUGAAAGCAAAAUAUUUUUGUUGUUUUGUCCACAGGGGUAAAUUGAUAUGUCACCAUGAAAACCUCAGGUGUUUUGCACUCCCAUUUUGCAGCUAGUCUUUGCCACAUAUGACUGUUCAAUCAGGAAAAAUGUAACAAUAUGGCUACUUAUGCACAGGAAUGCCUUGUUUGAAGCUGUGCACAAUUUUUUCCAGUUUCGUUCAUGUCUUAUUCCUUUAUCAUUGUUUUUUCCCCCCCACUGUCAAUAAUUAAUGUUAUUAAUGGCUAUACAACUAUGGAGAAAGUCACAAACACCUGUUUACUUCUGUAAACUUUAUAUUGUGUUCAUUUAACCGUCAGUGUCUUAGAACGCUGACUGUACACUGCAUCACAUUUUUAAACAAGUCAUGCUAAAUUAAACGAAUAAAGACACACUCUUGUAAUGUCUAAAUCUUUCUAAUAAACAUUUGAGUGUAUUUUAGGGGGAAAUUUUCUGUCUGAGUGUAUUUAUUCCAAAGAAAUUACAGCUUUUUAAAAAACAACAGUGUAAACAAAAAUACUUAACCAUCUUCCUCAAGAACAUCUUAUAGUUAAGGGUAGUUUCCAUCCAGGGAUACCCACAAGGGGGAGAUAGAACAUACUGUAAACUACGUUGCAUCUAGGGAAAUGGUAAAUAAUCCCAGAUGUGAGCAGUCUUGUAUAUGUACAGGGUAACAAAUUCAUGAAUAAAAAGUCU